AUGGAUUUCAACUCCUCUUUUAUCUUGCAGUGCCUGCUUGUGAUAGUAACUGUUACUGGUGCCUCUGCUUCCAGGAUUGUUGCACUGAGCGGCAGCUCAGCAGUCUUCUCUCUGGGAAUUCAAAGCCUGCAGAGCAUCUCUGAAAUAAGCAAGGGCAAUGCAAAAUGCUCAAUGGCUGUGUUGAACAACACCUUGUUGGCCAAGUGUGGCACUUCUUCUGCUAGAUGUCUGAACUUGCAGAACGGUUCUCUGGUACUGAGGAACGUGCAGAAAGAGGAUGAAGGAGAAUACGAGUUUGUUUUUCACAACACCAGCAAAUUUUUUGUAUUGGAGGUGUCUGAGCCCGCCAUUAGUAUCCGGUGCUUCCCUAAUGGGACUGGAGAGUUGACCUGUGAUGUGAUUGGCAAUGAGAGCACUGGGUUUAUGUGGCUGCUGAAUGGUACUGCACUGGAUGCCCCUGAGGCUUGCGUUAAGGAUGGUGGGAAGAAGGUUCGCCUGGACAAAACCGUGUCUGGGGACUUUGUCUGUGAGAUUCACCGUGGGAAUGGGAUCACGAGAAGCAGACCCAUUGCACUAUCCUGCGACUACUACGACCUGCUACAGAAUCCAUGGUUCUUUUACAUUCUGUCAGGAUGUGCAGGAGGUGCAGUCAUUCUGGUCGUCAUUGUGUCUUCUGUUAUAUGCUGCUGCAUGAAGAGGAAACACAAGUUCAUCCCAGUGCCUUCAGAGGAGGAAAAGGAUGACGGAGUAACAAUGUCAGUGGUCUCCAGUGAAGGUGUAAAGAGUCCCCCCAAUGGAGAUCAUGUUGAUGCUCAAGCUGUCCAAACUGACUGCCCUCUAAAGCCUGAUGCUGCCCAGACUGGUCAAGGUCUUGAGCCCCAACCCUUGAUGGAAGAAAAUAUCCCGGUGGAGGCUGAGCCUGAGGAAAUGCCAGAACCAGAGGUCAUAGUUGAUGUUGAAAGCCAGGGAAAUACGUCGGACUGUUUCCCAGAUCCAACUGAUGCCUGA